AGUCACAGUAAGAUGACGGUGAUGUGGCAGCUCUUGCUCCUGUGGUGGGCAUGGAGUCCUCUGUGUCUGUCAUCCAGUGUAAGCUUCAUUGGUACACCACAACAGUGUCAGAAAGCUCACUUUGUCCCUGGUUACAAUCUGGGUGGCGAAGGCUUCGACAUCGUCACGAUGCAACGGAAAGGUGCCUAUGUCAUCGACACUGAAACAUGGAAACUUGGCAACGACACUUGCAGGCUAUACCCUAACAGCUACAAGAACAAUGAGAACCAGAAGGUCCCCGUUGCUGUAGUGGACUGGAGAAGCCUCCCACAAUGCAGUUUAAAGGUCUCCAGUACAUCUUAUGACUCUGUUGAAACUCUUGUGAAUGAUUCCACCUCAGCUGUGUCCAAUGAUUGGAAAAUUGGCCUUGAAAUCCCAGUAGACCCUUCUGUCACGAUUGGGGUUGGCUUUGGAGGUUCCCACUCCAAAGAAUCAACCUUUGCCAUGCAAAAGUCAAAAGAAGACCGCUAUAACUUCAUGCGCCAUUCUGUCCACUGUAACGUCUACCGCUACAGACUGGCUACAAUACCUCCCCUGAGUCAUGAGUUUAAAUCAGCUGUCAGCUCCCUUCCUUCAUAUUCACAUAACACAGAGUUCAUUUAUCGUAAUCUCAUUGAUACAUAUGGCACACAUUACAUCACACAAGUGACUCUGGGAGGGGAAAUAAAGGCAGUCACUUCUGUCAGGACCUGCAAGGCAACCAUGAAUGGACUGUCAGCAACAGAGGUCAAGGAUUGUUUGUCAGUUGAGGCUUCGGCUAGUUUUGCACAAACUGCCAGCAUUAAGGCCAUGUAUGAACACUGUCAGCAAAAGAAAAAUGAGUUAGGCUCUGAUGAAAGGUUCAGCAGCUCAUUUAAUGAGCGUACCACAGAGGUCAUUGGUGGAAACAUUAACAUAGCUGGUAUCCUCUUUCAAGGGCAGUCAGACCCCUCUGUCUAUAAUGCCUGGCUUAACUCACUGAAAGAAACACCUGAUAUUGUCCAGUACAACAUAAAGGCUCUGCACACCAUACUGCCAAGUGUUCAUCCAGCCAGUGCCGGACUGAAGCAAGAGGUGGAGAAGUACAUCAAGAAAAAUGCGGUGUUGAAAAAAUGCUCAGAGUCAUGUCAAAUUGGGCACAGAUCUAGCAAAAGGGAUCCUUGUGCUUGUGUUUGUAACAAUAAUCAGAAUGUGAAGUCAAACUGCUGUCCUGCUGGGAAAGGUCUUGCAACGUUAACAGUUUUCAGGCUUUAUGCAGAAGAAUUGUAUGGUGAUGUGUGGACUCAGACAGAUGGUUCAGUGGAGGUUAAAUAUGGUGACCAGAUAAAGCGCACUGCCAUUAUAUUAGACAAUGAUAAUCCUAGGUGGUCAGAGAAAUUUGAGUUUGGACCUAUUGUCAUUAACAUGAAAAACAAGCUUACAUUCAGUGUUUAUGAUGAAGAUACUUACUGGGACAGUGAUCCACUUGGCGGGUGCUCAUUUGAUCUGCGUAGGGGGCAGGUGAGUGACAGCUGCAUGUUAAAUCAUGGUACCUUGUUCUUUUCGUACAUAGCAGAGUGCGCAUCAAGUCUUGGUGGUGACCAAUGUCAAGAGUACAUACCCUCCCCAAUGAGUGAUUCUCUGUCCAAGAUCUUCUACACCAGAAAUGGGGUCCUUCUGGGAGAGACAGGAAAGCAGCAUGCUAAAUCUCUCAAGUUUAGGCCAGCUGUUAAUGUGACAUGAAGUGAUGAAUGAUAUUAAGAUUUGAUUUCAUGAUUUCAUGAUUGCUAUAUUACUCAUAAUCUGCAUCUUUGGCACUGUUACUCUUUUGCAUGUUUCUCAUGUUUGACUUUUGUGUGCAAUAAUAAUGGCACAUGGUAUAUAUUAGUUAAAUUCUCUAAAUGUGUUUGUGUGAACACAGUUUGAUAGCCUACUUAU